UCCAACAAACGCACUUCAACUUUGGUUCGUUUAAGGCAGAUUUCCUUCGAAGCCAAACUAUCCCCAUCUUCAUCUCUCUCUCUCUCUCUCCCUCUCUCUCUCUAUACCAAAUAAAAGAGGAGAGUGUCAAAAUGGAUGUCUUUCUUUCUUCUACGAUGCUCACAAACCAGGGCUGUGUAAUGGCACGGCCGUGUUUUCCGGUCAGCUUUUCCAGUUCUGGGUCGGUCUCAGUUCUCGGCUUCUCUCUGCCAAGCCUCAAAACGACAUCUCGCAGAAAACAUGGAAUUGGAGUCACGAGAGCCUCAGUCGCAGUUGAACAGCAGACCCAGAAGAGUAGAGUUGCUCUACUCAGAAUUGGCACUAGAGGAAGCCCACUAGCACUUGCCCAAGCUCACGAGACUAGAGAUAAAUUGAAGGCAUCACAUCCAGAACUUGCUGAAGAGGGAGCUAUUGAGAUAGUGAUAAUAAAAACGACGGGUGAUAAAAUACUUAGUCAGCCCCUCGCGGACAUAGGCGGGAAAGGGUUAUUUACUAAAGAAAUAGACGAGGCGCUUAUAAAUAGCGACAUAGAUAUUGCUGUCCAUUCAAUGAAAGAUGUCCCGACCUACUUGCCAGAAAAGACUAUUCUACCAUGUAACCUUCCGCGCGAGGAUGUUCGUGAUGCAUUUAUAUCCUUAAGCGCAGCUUCACUGGCUGAGCUCCCAGCUGGGAGCAUUGUCGGUACUGCUUCACUUAGAAGGAAGUCACAGAUACUCUAUAGAUAUCCAUCACUCAAGGUAGAAGACAAUUUUCGGGGCAACGUCCAGACACGGUUGAGAAAACUUAAUGAGGGGGUAGUCCAAGCUACCUUAUUGGCAUUGGCUGGACUCAAACGUUUAAAUAUGACAGAGAAUGUGACUUGUAUUCUCUCAAUAGAUGAAAUGCUUCCAGCUGUUGCACAAGGAGCCAUUGGAAUUGCCUGUCGGAGUGAUGACGACAAAAUGGCUAGUUACAUAGCAUCAUUGAAUCACGAGGAAACGAGAUUAGCAAUAGCAUGUGAGAGAGCCUUUCUCACGAAAUUAGAUGGAUCUUGCCGCACUCCUAUAGCUGGAUAUGCCAGCAAAGAUGAGGAUGGAAACUGCAUAUUCAAAGGGUUGGUGGCUUCUCCUGAUGGAACCCGAGUGCUUGAGACAUCCAGAAAAGGGCCAUAUGCCUUUGAGGAUAUGAUGAAGAUGGGAAAGGACGCAGGUGAGGAGCUCCUUUCAAGGGCAGGUCCCGGCUUUUUUGACAGUUGAGUAACUGACUCGUAGAUGUUAGGCUCCCGCGAUUUUAGAUUAUUUUCACCAAUUGUUUGUAUCAAUCUCUUGAGGUAUUUCUUGUAACAUUAAGAAGGUUCAUUGUGUGAUUAGUCAUUAAUCUAGAUGGAAAUUCGAUUGCGAAAAAUAGGUUAAGCUGUUGUAUUCUGAGUUGUACUAAUUAGAUGAAAAUUUUUGUUA